UCUGCUGAGCGCUGCAUGUCUGAAUGAAAUCGGAAAUGCUUAAAAAGUUUUGAAGACGAGUUUACACAUCGGCAGAUCAGAUGUCACUCAAAGGCGGGUUGCCGCCCUCAAUAGAAAGGUUUUAAGGAAACUGUCACUACAAGAAACACGAGUGGAAGCGCUAGUUUCGCUCGUGCUGCGAGACUGAGAAAGUGGUCUUAAAGAAGCAAGCAGAUAUGCAUUAGUCAGCGCUGUGAGAUUUCCUCCCUACACUACACCGUGUGAGAUCAUCCCAGACUAAACAGGGACUCUCGUCCCUGGCUCCUGUCCAUGAACCAGCUGAGGUGUCCCGGAUCUCCAUGUCGGCCUCAGCCCGUCUGAAGUAUGUCUCUCUCGGGGUUCUGGUACUGCAGACCACCACGCUGGUGCUAACUAUGCGUUAUUCUCGUACGCUGCAUUCUGAGGGUCCACGUUACCUGGCGUCUUCUGCCGUGGUGUGUGCUGAAGUCCUUAAGAUUGUUGCAUGCAUGCUUCUUGUCUUCAAAGACAACAGUUGUAGCCUUCGUGGCCUGAAUCGGGUGCUGGGGGAGGAAAUAAUAAAUAAGCCUCUGUUGACGCUGAAGUUGGCCAUUCCUUCUGGCAUCUACACCCUGCAGAACAACCUGCUCUAUGUGGCUCUUUCCAAUUUAGAUGCAGCUACUUAUCAGGUUACGUACCAGCUGAAAAUUCUCACCACAGCUCUGUUCUCAGUGUCCAUGCUGGGUAAAAGACUUGGGAUUUACCAGUGGCUUUCAUUAGUUAUUCUGAUGACUGGUAUUGCACUUGUCCAGUGGCCAACUGAUGCUGCAUCAAGCUCCCAACAGAAGAAUCUGACUGCAGGCUCUCAGAUAGCAGGACUGCUGGCUGUGCUCGUGGCCUGUUUCUCCAGUGGAUUUGCUGGCGUUUAUUUUGAAAAGAUCCUCAAAGAGACCAAGCAGAGCGUCUGGGUCCGUAAUAUUCAGCUAGGUUUGUUCGGACUGAUUUUUGGACUUGUGGGAGUAUUCGUGUACGAUGGUGAAAGAGUGCAAGAAGAUGGACUCUUUCAAGGGUACAACAAGGUGACCUGGACAGUGGUGGCCCUUCAGGCUUUGGGUGGGUUAGUCAUUGCAGCUGUCAUCAAAUAUGCAGACAACAUCCUGAAGGGCUUUGCCACAUCCAUCUCAAUCAUUCUGUCAACCCUCAUUUCAUAUUUCUGGUUGGAGGAUUUUGACCCUACUAGUGUGUUCUUCCUGGGGGCAGUGCUGGUUAUUGCUGCUACGUUUCUCUACGGUUAUGAGAGGAAAACUGCGGCGGUCAUCUCCAGCAAAGUAUAAAAUGCUGGACAGAAGAUGGGGAAUAACCAAAAUUCUUAAGACUGUCUGCCAAGAUGCUCGCCUUCAGGUGCAGUCCAGAAGAACGUUUGGAGACCUUGAAGAUGCUAUUGAAGGGUAGCAUAAGAACCACAUGCAGUACUAAAGGGUGAUUUAUAGUUCCUCAUAGGACCUAUAGGCUGUGCGUAGCUCUGUGUUUGUAGCGACGUGCACCUCUCCAUAAAGGUAACAACGUGUCAGUUCUAUUCAGGCCAUGCAAUCAAAUCCCUCCCAUCAGGUCAAAAAUAUCUGCAUUGCAUUAUCCUCAUACGACUUUCCGCGUGUAAAAACAAAGAUAGGCCAAAUUGAGAAGUGAUAUUUAACUCAAGCUGCAACAAAGUCGCUGUCUAUUUACCUCCAUCACUACUGAUGCUUCUUAAACAGCGUACACAACAAGCUUUGCCUUGAUACUGUAUACACCAUUGGACAUUGUCUACUAGUGAUCUGCUUGUGUAAUUGCAUGUCGUUGUGAACAACGAAGCAUAAGUAUAAAUGAAAACUGACGUAUAGGUUCUACACAGAAGUGUAAAUCACCCUUAAGGACUACAACCAUAACUUGAAUUGUCCGCUGUGUUAUGUUAUAUUAUUGAUGGAGGCACCUGUAGUUUGCACAAGACCAUGGCUGUGUCCCAAUCCGAAGACUGUGACCUUCGAAGGAUGUAUUUUAAGGCUCAUUGCGUCACAGCAGCACGACUGAAGGCUAGUACGGGCAUUCCAAUUCGAAGGCUGCUUAAAAUAAAGCCUCAAAAUGCAUCCUUAUUUCUCUGUGCUGCUAAGGAUAAAACGAAUGGAUCCUUGAAAGCUGAGGCUAUCCCAAAAUUCACUGCACACCUGUAAUGGAUAAAUGUAACAGCUGGAGAUUUUAAAAUAAACAUUUCAAACCUUUAUUUAAAAAAGUGUGUAUUUAGGAAAAAGUUUUAGUAUUAUAAGUUAUGUUUUGUAUUAAUAUUAUUCUGUGUAUAUUGCGUAUAUUUGUAAGGUUGAUUCACAAGUUCGCAUUAACAUGAAGGGGUGCACCGAUAUAUCAACCGAUGAUGCUUGCUAUGCUUCUCAAUGAAUCACGGUGAAAUACCACUACAUCCAAAAGCCAGGGGGCGCUCUCGUGCAAAAACUCAAUAUGCGCUGUAGACAAAGAACCAUACACACGCAGCUCCAGGAAAUGUCUUAAAGCUCCCGUUCUGUCUGUGAUUUUGAGGCUUUGAUUGUGGGCAAUAUAACAUGUGUUCAUGUUUCACGUGUAAAAAAACUUGGUAUUUUUUAGACAAUUUACUUAUCUGUAUAGCGCUGUUAUCACUGUCCUCAAAACAGGCUGAUGUCUUCCUUGUUAUGUGAAGUCCCUCCUUCAGAAAUACGCAAAAAGUCUUGAUUGUGUAGUUUGUUUAGUGUGCUGUGAUUCGAUAGCAGCUUAGCUUAGCAGAGCCGUUUGAGCCAAAGCUGGUGACUGACGUAUUCCUGUGGGCGGAGUUUAGUCAACAAACUGUUUUACUGACGUCAUUAAAGCUGGAAAUAGAGGGCUGUAGUCCAAACCGGCCGUUCGUUGUAGGCUUUUAAAGAGGAGUUCUAUUGAAGAAAAUAUAUCGUCUGGCAGUGAACUUUGAGCUUUAUCAUUUUACAGGUAUUAUUUAUGCUAUUAGCAACAUUACACACUAACUAGGGUUUAAAAAAUGGUAUCAGGAAGAACGUGACCUUUAAGGAUAUAUUUAUAUUGCUGUUCUUUAAACCUUUUCAGGUAUUUUCAUAAUAAAGAAUAAGUAUAAUGAUUUUGUUUGACGAGUGUUGCUUUUUCAAAUGAAUGGUAUAAACGACUCAAACUAACAGUGAUUUCAGAUCUAAGGCUAAUGAAAAGCCGUAGGACAUGAAAUAGCGGUGUAUAUUAUAGACUGUGUGAUUCAGAAUAGUUAUCGGCCACGCAUUAUUAUUAGUGUAUAUCGGCAUUUAUCUGUGCAACCCUAUUAACAUGUAAUCGAUCGGGAAUGAGAUAAAGCAUAUCUGGCGUGCUGUCCGAGACCUCUUGGUGCUGAUUGGUUGACUCACAUGACCAUGCUCCUCCCGAACUUAGUUAAUAAACCUUGUUUAAUUUUAUAUACUGUUGGUUUAGUUGAAUCUACAUCAAUGUGUUAUAUUUUCUAAAAUAUAUUUAUGUUUUUCUGGUUCCAUAUUUAUUGUUAUAAGUCUGAAACGUCUCCGCUGUGUCCUGCUGACACGCGCGGUGGAUCCUCCGAAGGAUAGACCGUCUCAUUUCAGUUCUCUUCGUGGACUUCAGAGGUUGCCACCUUCAAAGGCAGAGUGCUCGCAUUCUGAGGUCGCGUCCUAAGAAGGUCGCAGCCUUCGAAUUGGAACACAGCUCGUGCAUUAAUCUUAUGUUAGACCAAUCAGGUGGCAGUGUUGUGUUAUGUUAUGUUUAUGUAAAGUCGUUGUUUACUCCUUUGACAUUACUAAUGAUUUUUACAUAAAAUGGAGGUUUUCUGUGACAGAUGUUACACAAAUGUUACAGUUUAUGCAAAUGUUACAAAAGCACUCUUUGUUUGCUAAAUACUGUGUUUUACUUGAUUGUAUCCCUUCAGUGAGUCCUGCCAUGUUUUGAUAAUAAAGACGUUUAACUAUCAAGAGUAAAGACUGCAUGUUUUUCUCAGGGUACUUCCAGCAAGUGUCAGUGUGGGAAAUGCUAAAUUGGUACUUAAAAGAUCAGACAGCAUCUUCAGUGCAAUUUUAAUAGGCCUAAAAUAAACAGAUUGAAGUGUCAGAUAUUGUUGCUGUUAGCUGGAGGAUUUAAUGGAAAUAUAAAUAUAAAUGCAAAAAUGACUGUCAUGCACAAAAGAAGUGUACUGUAGUGUCUUUCUCAACUCUUGCAUAGACUAGUUUUGCAGUGGUUUUAAAAAACUAAAUGCUGGGAGUUAAAUCACAAAACGUAUGACAUGGUUAACUGUAAAAACCCUAAAAUGCUGUUUAAUACUAAAUUGAACAAAUCAUUCAAGAAAUGUUGAAAUAAUAUUUUUGACAUGUACUGUAUAGUCAGUGCUGGUGUAUAUGCAAUAGUUUUCACAUGUUGGGUUCAUAUACUUUUAAUGAUAUCUUUAUUUAGAUGUCCGUUUCAAGGAGAAAUAUGGCUUUGACAGAGAUACAGAAUAUGAAGUGAUCAAAACAGGUCAGGAUAGAGGUAGAUGAGGUGAUGAAUGAAUCAUAUUAAAGAAACUGAGAGGGAACCUCAUAUUCUGCCUUCAUCCAGAUCAGAGUUCCAGGCUUUAGACAUACAUACUGCAUGCAUAUCACCUUCCAAUGAAAAAGUCCAUAUUGUUUUCUUGGAAAGUGAUGCAUCAGGCAUAUAAAGGAAAGCUACAAUGGUUUUAGUCACCGUGAUCCAUUAAUAUCCCUUUCAGUGUCGACCAGUCGGCUCCAAUACAUAACAUUGCAUAACAGUGCAAUUCACUAAAUUAAAAGCAUGCAAACAAUAAAUUAAACUAUUGAGAAAUUUUGUAAAAAAUUGAGCAAAUAUACGUACAUACAAUGGUCAGAAUUCAUGUAAGCAACAGCCACACAUUUUGGGGGCAGUUUCCCGGUUUAGAUUAAUCCAGGACUACAGUAAAUCUAAAUUAUAUUGGGACACUUAAAAACAAACAGUGCUAAAUAGCACUAAAAGUGGUUCUUGGCUCGUAAUCAUAGAGGAACCAUUUUUAGUGCUAUAGCACCUAUGAAGAACCAUACGGGGGUCAUAUAGCACCACUGUAGCACUACAUAUGGUUCUACAUAGCACAAUAUGCUUCACAGGUACUUCACCGGUGCUAUAUAUGGCACUUAAAAUAGUUCCUAUGAUUACGAGCCAAAAACCACUUUUAGUGCUAUUUUUAGCACCUUUUGUUUUAAGAGUGUAGUUUUUACAAACAUACCUUCCAAAAAAGUGUGCAUCUUGAGACAAUGACACUGAUAUAUUUGAAGAUAUGUCAAUGCAAGACGUUUUUUUUAGCUCAAACAUGCAUUUUAGUCUUGGACUAGAUUUAAGCCCUAUCCGGGAAACCGCCCUACACUGUUUACCUUUACUAAUUUCCUCCACAGGGCAAAAAAGAAAUGACUGUAGUCCUUUUUAACAUCUUUUUGUAAAUGUUCAUAAACAUGAUUCAAGAGUGUAUUGUAUUAAAUUUGAUUACAUUAUUAAUAAUUCAGCUUCAUAAAAAUGGGCAUGAUUUGUUUAAUUCAUUUUUAUGUUUUGGAAGCAAUUCAUCCGUGUUUUAAGACAUAAACAUGGGCAACAAGAGACUCGGAGAUGGUUGGACAGCAUUUUAAGCCAACUGUCAUUUUAUCCUAAUCAAAAGCAAACAACUUCAGGGGUUGAAGGUAAACCUGAUAUUUGUAAUGGAAACUUAAUCUCAUCUGUGUCAUAAUUACCCAAGGAGUCUCAGUGGGUAAGGGGAGAGUGAUGAUGAGACAGCUUGAAAGAUCAGAGAGACAGAUAGACGUGGAGAAUGCCACAGAUGGAGCGUGUAUAUAACAUGUGACUAAUCUGUCAUAUGCCUAUGGUGCAGCACCCACUGCGUAAACUCAAAUGGACUUGUGUGUGAGUAUAAACAAACUUCAACUC